AUGACCAUGUCGAACCCUCACAACUACACUUUUGCCAUGCAAAAGUACCUGCUGCUGCAGGAGCAGCACGCCGAGCUCAGCACACAUCUCGAGCAGAUCCGCCCCCGCCAGUCCUCUCUCUGCAGCGCCGCGUCCACCGCGUCCUCGCCUGGCUCGUCACCGGACCGCGCCGAGCCCUCUCUCUCAUAUCCCGUCACGAGAUACUCGCCACGCAAGCGCUCUCGCAGCGGCCAGGCGCGCUGCUCCGGUUGGGCCGCAGACGGCCGUCGCGGCUCCGCCGUCCUCGACACCAUCCCCGACGAGGAGACGAUGCAGGCCAUCUCCGCCGAGGAGCAGCGCCUAUUUGAUGUCAACGAAAGCAUCAAGCGCGCCCUCACCGAGAUGCUCAACUGCGAUAUUGUUCGCGCCGAUAGCUCCAUGCGAAUGUGGACGCAGACGCGCCUCAUGGAGGCUGAAAAGGAGCUUCGCUCUGGCCGUCGCCGUCGCAGCUCUCCCUCCCGAGAAUAA